CCAAAAAAAAAAAGAAGCUGCGUUCGGACGCGGGGUUUGAGAAUUUGGUUGAUGAUCCUCCUCUCUUCCAAAACCUCAAUUGUAACUCCAACUCGAGAGGUGAACAUGAAAUUCGAAGUUUGAUAAGAAUAAUUCAGAUUCCACUCCACGAUGUCGUUUUCGUUGUUCUCCACUCCUCAGCAGCAACAACAACCGCAGCAGCAGCAGCAGUUGUUUCAACCACAACAGCAAUCUCCAUUCCAGCAGAACAGUCUAUUCAAUUCACAGCAACAGCAAUUUCAACAGCAACAACAGCAGCAGCAGCAGCAACAUCAGUUAUUCUUGUUCACGAACGAUAGAACUCCGGCCAGUUACGGCACCAAUUGGUCGGAUCUACAUCCCGAUUCUCAGAAGAUUCUUCUUCAGAUCGAGGAGCGGAUAUUGGAGUAUAGGGAUGAAAGCCAGAGACUAGAUCAGUGUAGUCGUCUUUACGAUUCUUCAGUUUCCAAUGAUGGAUUUGAAGUUGAUGCAUGCCACAUUGUUCAGGAACUUGGUGGAAUUAGCACUGCUAUGGAACGGCAGAAAGCUUUGCUGCAGGAACUGAUGUCAGUUGUUAAGGAUAUGUUACGCAACACAGAGGUUGCUGUUCGUUCCUUUAUGAUGCUACGUCCAAGGUUUCAUCCCAGUGGGGGUUCAUCAAGUGCCACUGCCCCAUCACAGGCUCCUGGAGUAACUACAACACCUAGUUCAAGCAGCCAACCAACAAGUACAUCUAUGGUGCCUGUUUUUGAUUUCUACAGUGGUCUUCCAAAGAAACCAUCUCCCUUUUUGCAGCAGACAGUUUUAAGAUUUGAGAAGUAUCUUGGGGAAUGCCAUCAGUGGGUUGAAGAGUUGGAGCAAUUGCUGCUCUUAGAUUCUGAGAGAAACACGUCCAGUAAUGGAUCCUCAUUAUUGCAGUCUCUUCCCAAAGUCAUGACAAAUGUGCAUGACUUUUUUGUUCAUGUGGCUUCAAAGGUCGAGGGCAUUCACCAGUACAUUGAAUCUAUGAAAUCAGCAUACCUUGCUGAUCAGCGCCGCCGGGGAGAGGUCAAUGAUCCAUUUCUUGAAGCUGAUCGUCGAGAAACUGCAAGACAAGAAGCUGCCUCGAAAAGAGUCCAUCCAACGUUGCAUUUGCCUGCAAAUUCACAACCCUCUACUCAAGUUGCUGGGUUGUUUUCUAGUUCAGGAAUGCAAGGGUUAUUGAAUGCCCCACAGACAUCUGCAGCACCUUCAUCUUCAUCAUCAGGAAGUGGUUUCUCUCUUUUUAACACAACAUCUUCAGCUCCAUCGUCUUCUAUGCCAUCUUCUUUGUUUGCAACACCAAGUACUCCUGCUCCUGGGUCCUCUUGGUUUGCAUCCUCAAGUACUACUCCUCAAUCCUCACUUUUUGGUUCUGCAUCCUCAUCCUUUCUGGGUUCGGCAUCAACCCCCUCUCUCUUCGGUAAUACUGCACCUUUGCUUAAUACACCGCCAGCUACAAGUUCCUUCUUCUCAAAUCCAUUUCCUUCAGGUGCUGCAACAGGAUCGGGGGCAAGCUUUGGGGGACAGAAAAAUCCACGGCCAAAAGGGAGAGUUAGUACUCGGCGCUAGUAAAAGUUGAUGGGAUCUUUUGCUGCUACCAAACAAAUAUGCAAUGCUCCACUUGAAGUCCUUGUUAGAAGGGCAAAAUGGUUUUUGCUCUGAAUCUGACAAGACUUGAAAUGUAGCUAAGCUACAUUGCGGGUACUGGUACAUACUGACGUCUGGAUUCUGCUUCGAUUCAGUCCAUUGAUUUCUUCUAUUUGACAUUUUCAAUAUCAAACCCAUUUUCUUCAACAUCGUAGAUUGAUCUAUAAGUCAAAUGAUUUCAAUUGCAAAAUUUUCGGGAAUUGUAGCUAGCCUGUCUAGCUUAUUUCGUCAUGUACUGUAGCUGGCUUCUUCUUCUUUUUUCCAGUUUGAGCUUGAUCCAUCGUUUGCUGUUGUAAAAGUGAACAGUUCCUAGGUAGUUGUUUGGUGCAUUUUACUGAUAAUUUUGAAGUGAUUUCCCUGUAACUUUUCUUUUAAGAUACUAAGUUCAUAAUUACAAUUUCAAACAGAAAUGCUAAUUCUAUUUCAGCGUUUCA